AAUGCAGUUCAGAAGGUUUUUCCUUAUUCAGAACACAGAAAUUGUGUUAGGUAUAUUUACCAAAACUUUCACAAAGUUCACAAGGGUGAGCAGCUGAAAAAUGACUUGUCAACCCACUUGGCAUGAUAUUGAUGAUAUAGCUUUGUAUGCUCACAUGUUAUUGAUGAUAUAGCUAUAUCCCCAAAUGAGAUGGCCUACACGAGAAGCAUGAAUCAGAUCAAAGAGCACAGCCUUGAUGCUUACAAGUGGGUUGAGAAGUUAGCUCCAAAAACAUGGAUCAAAGCUUUCUUCAACCCAUUUUGCAAGUGUGACAUAUUAUUAAACAACAUGUCUGAAGUCUUCAACAGUUAUAUAUCGGAUGGAAGAGAGCUACCAAUUAAGUCAAUGCUGGAUUAUAUUUUCACGAAGCUCACAAAUAGGAUAGUUGGUAAGCAAAGGGAGUCAAAAAAGUGGACAGGAAGACUGUGCCCCAAGAUUCAGAAGAAACUCGACAAAUACAUUGAGUGGGCAAAGAAUUGCAGGGUGCAAGAGUAUGGUAGAGGUGUGUUCAAAGUUUUCUCUCUACAAAACUCAUACAUAGUGGACUUAAAUAUGCUAAGCUGUGACUGCAAAAGGUGGGUACUAUCUGGCAUCCCUUGCCAUCAUGCAAUAGCAACUUUCAGGCAUGAGAGGAUUGAACCAGAGAGCAUGGUUCACCCCUGCUAUACAGUGGAGGAGUACAGAAAGUGUUACGGAUAUAACAUGAUGCCAAUGAGGGAUACAAAGCUAUGGGAGAAAAUGAAUGGGAUUGAUGUGUAUCCACCAUUAUACACAAAAGUUAUGGGCAGGCCAAAGAAAAACAGGAAGAAAGAUCCAGAAGAGAAGAGUGACAUAAAUGGAGUAAAGAAGGUGACCAAGCAUGGUGUGACCAUGCACUGUUCAAUAUGUGGAGCAGCUGAUCAUAACAAAAAAGGACACCAUAAUCAUGCUGAUAAGACUCCAAAUGAAGAAGCUGCUAGGGAAUCUGAAGAAGAGUAUGAUGAUCCAUCAAUACUUGCCGUAAUACACUUGUACUCUUAUGCUUACUCCCAUAUACUUUUUCAGAUUUAGGAUAUACUAAGUUCAUACAUUGCUUGUCUUGUGCAGAACAUAAUGCCACACAGGGUAUACCCUCAGCUGGAUCCAACACAAACACCUGAUUGUAUGGUGUACAAGAUGCAGGAACAGGCAAUGAUCAUUUCACUAAUUAACUUGUACCCACUCUAUCUCAAUAAAUCAUUAGUAUGUGUGCUCACACUUCCUCUAUCUUAAUUUUUGCAGGAGAGGUUCACAUACCCAGCCCCUAGGGAAUUUGGCCCCUUG